CCACUUUCCCUUUCGUACAUGCGCAAUAUAUAGCUUAUGAAAAGUUAACGUUUCGUUUAAGACACAUUUCUAUUGUUUUGAUAUUCGACUGGUUAUCUAGACGUUACGGCAGUAACAUGUUAAGGUAUCUGUUGUGUAUUCUUAUUAUUAAAAAUGUGGCUUAUGCCGUUGAAAGAGAACGAAAUUAUCACCUGACAGAUGGAAGAAGUCCCACCGAAGAUGAAAAGGAUAGUCUUCUUACGAGAUGCUACGAUAAAUGGGGAUGCUUUACUAUAGGAGAACCAUUUUUUAAUCUUCGUCGUCCCAUCAGUUUAUUUCCUCUUCAUCCCGAUGUAUUAGAUGUACAAUUUUUAUUAAUGACUAGAAAAAAUCCAGAUAUAUAUCAAAAAUUAAGAGCUGGAAAUAAUAAUAGUUUUGUUAUAUCUAAUUUUGAGGAAGGAAAACCUGUAAAGAUGAUCGUACACGGUUAUUCGGAAGAUGGAUUUCAAAUAUGGAUUAAGGAUUUAAUUCGAGAAUUGCUAACUGCCGAAGAUAGCAAUAUUAUAUCUGUGGAUUGGAGAGUUGGAGCUGGUCCUCCUUAUACCCAAGCAACUGCAAAUGCUAGAGCAGUGGGAGUAGUCAUUUCCGAUUUUAUAGAUUACAUACAGCAUAAUGUUUACUUGUAUAUAUAUGGACUUAAUUGUUUACAGUAUAAAUUAUUUUUUUCCUCAGACGUUAAUAUGUAUGGAAAAUGUAAUUACGCAAGAUCUAUAGAACUCUUCAGUGAAUCUAUUAAUUCCGAUUGUCCUUUCAAUGGAUUUGCUUGCGAUAGUUAUUUAAAUUUCACAUCCGGGCGUUGCUCGGAGGGAUGUGGUACAGAUAUGUCUCAAUGUGCAUCUCUGGGGUAUAGAGCUGACGAUUGGAGAAGAUACGCGAGAACGGAUCCAGUAAAAAUGUUCUUAGAAACUGGAAUUGCUGAGCCUUAUUGCCGUUAUCAUUAUCACGUCAGUGUCCUGUUAUCUGGUACGGACGAUGCUGUGAGGCAAGGCAACGAAACCGGAAGUUUAUUCGUCCGAAUAUCCGGCACUAAAGGACGAACUGCAUUGUUACAAGCUACUCAAGAAGUUGUACUCUUUGGACCGGGAAGGACAGUCGAAUUCGUUAUCGGUUCUCCAAAUUUAGGUAGAAUGUUACGUGUCGACGUAUUGUGGCAUCCGUUAGCAACUCAUAGACAGAAAUAUUCCGAUGUUUACAAACCCGAAUAUCCUCAGAUUUACAUACACAGUUUCAGAAUUACCAAUUUAGAAACCAGUUACAGAGAAGUCUUCUGUGCAAAAGACGAACCUUUAGAUCCCGAAAACAUCAGAACAGUGUUCAGUGGUGGACUUUGUUAAGCAGUUUUUUUUUUCGUAUAUAAUAAGUAACAACGUGUCAUAUAUAACGUUUACGAGUACAGAUUAAAAAUUGUAAAUAAUGUAUUUAUAUACAUAUUUUAUAAAGAUUAUUGGGUUUAAGAAAGUAAUUUGUUAGAUUAGAUAUAUCUAACAAAGGUUCCGUAAUUUGUUAUACCUUGUUAGAUAAAUAUCACAGUUUGUAAUGCGUGUAACAUAUAUUAUUUUUCUAAUAAUUGAAGUACAUUUCAAAAAUUUGAUAUGAAAUUUAGAAUAGAACGAAAUAAAAAAUCUCAUUGAAUGAAAAGAAACGUAUAUACAAAUUAAUUUUAUUUUUUCUUUCUUGGUAUUUAUUCUUGUAUUCAUUCAAUUUAACGGAACUAAAGACUUUAACAAAUGCUUAUGUAUGAAAGGAAAAGCUUUUUAUUCGAAUUCUCUUCAAGGAUGUUCGACCAUUAACCUUAGUAAUUUAAUGAUCGAAUUAAUAGAUUUAGGAAAUAUUUUUAAAAUACAAGCGAGUCCUUAUUUAACGUCGUUUCGUCAUAACGUCGUCGUACAGGUACAGUACAUUUGUAUUCAUUUACAAUUAUCGUUGUUGAAUUUGCUUUACAAAACA